GACGGCCAACGCACCCCCGGGACUGGCAGCCUCACAGCUGCAGUGGAAACCGCUUCGGGCCGCAAGGCACUGGUGGUGGGGAAACCGAACACGUACAUGUUUGAUUGCAUCGUGGAGCGUUUCGGCGUUGACCCGUCCCGCACCCUCAUGGUGGGAGACCGUCUGGAGACAGAUAUCCUCUUCGGCAAGAACUGCGGCCUCUCUACCAUCCUCACCCUGACGGGUGUCUCUCGCCUGGAAGAAGCGCAGGCCUACAUGGCCAGCGACAGCGCCGCUGCCAAGGAUCUGGUGCCCAAUUACUAUGUGGACAGCAUUGCAGACUUGAUACCGGGCCUGGAUGAGUAG